AAGAAAAAAAAAAAAAAAAAAAAAAACAAUUAAAUAAAAGAUUAAAAUGACUGUAUUUUCGAUUUUAGUAUGUGAUGUGAUGUGAAUGUGUUGGUUAUAGCUUAGGCAGUACGAGAACAUCCACCGUUUACUCUAAGUCAUUGCUCUUAUUCCUCUUAAGAGAUAUUCUACGCGUCUGGUAUAGUACGCGCGUAGGUAGUUAUUAUUACCUCCAUUCCCUUUAUUUCUUAUCUAGGUACGUGUUAUGCUGUUAGUGGAGCGGCGUUGCCGCAGCGAGGCCUGUAGGGGAGGGAAGGAGCUCACGAGCUACCUCGCGCCUUCUUCUUUGACCUCUCGCCAGCCUUCGCGACUUCCCGCCUCGUCAUUCUCCGUUGUUUGUUUUUCUUCCUCUUUCUGAUCAUCUAUCUACCUUAUGCUCUCAACGGUUGACUUCCGGUUUCAUGACGCGGACCCAAGUCUACCACAGCGCAGUUCGACGCCUUCAUCCAUCCACCGACACGCACACCUCCACCGCAGCCCACACGCGCAACCCGCACUGCGGCCACCUAUGUACGCGGCCCCGCCCGGGCACACGCACAGCACCGCCUUACCAACCCCCCCGCACGCUCCACACAACCCAGGAACAGCAUACCAGACCAAAUCCCACGAGCCUACGGACCCAGAGGUAGGUGAAGCAAACGCAAAAGGCAAAGCCAAGGUACACACAUACUCAAGACCGACAACACACCACAACAUACAAUAGA